CAAAAAGUGGCUAGAGUUCACACCAAAGACACUCCUUGAAACUAGAUCCUAAUAACAAGCCACCCGCUAAAUACUUACUUCUUUAGUGCAUUUUUUUCAUGACUUUCUUGCACUUCAACUAACCCUUUUACAUCUCCUAAAAAGAAAACCAUAACCUCCCUUCUUUGCUCUCCCUUUGAGUGAUUUUGUCAAGAUUCUUGCCAUAAAACACGCAACCAAUGUGUGUAUAUAAACCAACAUCAAUAAUAAACUUUUCAUCUCAUCCUUUUGCUCAAAUACAAAAAAAUUGAAGAGAUGACAACCAAAUCAAGUGUCGGAAAAGCCAACAUCUUGGCUCUUGGGAAAGCAUUCCCUCACCAACUUGUUAUGCAAGAUCUACUUGUUGAAGGCUAUUUUAAGGAUACCCAUUGUGAUGACCCGGAACUCAAACAAAAGCUCACUCGACUAUGCAAAACUACAUGUGUGAAAACAAGGUAUGUGGUUAUGUCACAAGAGAUACUCGAGAAAUACCCCGAGUUAGCACUCGAAGGCUUACCAACAGUCAGACAAAGACUAGAGAUUGCCAACAAGGCGGUUACACAAAUGGCAAUCGAAGCCUCACAAGCAUGCAUCAAAAAAUGGGCCCGGCCCAUUUCUGAUAUCACCCACUUGGUUUAUGUUUCCUCUAGCGAGGCCCGACUCCCAGGUGGCGAUAUUUACUUAGCCAAAGGGCUUGGGUUAAGCCCAAACACCAACCGGGUCCUACUUUACUUCUCGGGCUGCUCAGGCGGUGUAGCAGGACUACGGGUUGCUAAAGAUAUAGCCGAAAACAAUCCGGGAAGCCGGGUCCUGCUUGCAACAGCUGAAACCACUAUUGUCGGGUAUAAACCACCGAAUGUGAAUCGCCCGUAUGACCUAGUUGGGGUUGCCCUUUUUGGAGAUGGUGCAGGUGCGAUGAUGAUCGGGUCGGACCCCACCGGGCCCGAAAGCCCGUUGUUUGAGUUGCAUACUGCGAUACAAAAUUUCUUGCCCGACACUGAAAAGGUUAUUGAUGGGAGGCUAAGUGAAGAGGGGAUUAGCUUUAGGUUAGAUAGAGAUCUUCCUGAAAUCAUUGAGGAUAAUGUGAAGGGGUUUUGUGACAAGUUAAUGGGCUAUUAUGGGCCUAACGAGAUGGCAUAUAAUGAUUUGUUUUGGGCCGUGCAUCCUGGUGGGCCGGCUAUAUUGAACAAGCUAGAGAAGAAACUUGAUUUAUUGCCGGAUAAAUUGAAUGCAAGUAGAAAGGCUUUGGCGGAUUAUGGAAAUGCAAGUAGUAAUACGAUUGUGUAUGUGUUGGAGUAUUUGAUUGAAGAGGGUUUGAAGAGGAAGAAAGAAGGGAAAGAUGGUGGGCCUGAUUUGGGCCUUAUUUUGGCUUUUGGGCCUGGGGUUACAUUUGAAGGUAUUCUUACAAAGAACUUGACCGUGUAAUAACGCUCUUGUUUUGAGUCUCAAAAGUUGACUUCAAUUCCCAAUAAAAUAAAUAAAGUAUUGUUUGGAAAUUGAAAGUCAAAACAG